CUCCACUCAACUAAUAAACAAUACAUUUUUUUUUUCUUAAAACCUGUAUUUUCUCCACUAGGUCAUGAAUUAGUGGACGAAGGGAGUAAUUUUUACGACACAUAAGAUUUACUGCGUGUUUAAUAUGGAAUCCAACUACUACUUAUCAUAAGAUGAAUAAGUUUUUUUUAGGCAAAAAGGGUGCUAUUAUUAAUUCAUAUCAGAGAUGACAAUAUCUAGAAGCCAGGGGAAAUCCCGACCUCCAAAUCAUUACAUCAUGAGAAACAAUAGCAAAACUAGCAAAACGAGCAAGCUUAUGAGCAACUCGAUUCGCUUCGCGCCGAUCAUAAAAGAAAUCUACCACCACGUAUUUCCGAGCGUGUUCAAAGACCUUCCCUGAAUAUUUAUCGUAAGAUUAAUAAGUAUAGUAGUUGUACAUAUUUAAAAAGGAUUUCUUACAUCCAAAGAUUAAUAAUCAGAAAUUGAGAAAGGAAAGCUGAAAUAUGUGAAAUGCCAACAACGGAACGGAAUGAUUGCGUGAGCGAGCGGCUAGCCGGCUCGUAACAUUUGACCCACGUGUCAUAUUUACCCCACUUGUCCAAUAAAAUCUCAUCUCAAAUCACAACAUCAUCGUCCAACUUGUCAACUUUUACUAUACAUAUCCAAUUCUAGAUUGAGUUUGGGCUUAUAAAGAUCUCCCCUUAUUUAGCUACAUAUAUAGAAUCCUCUCAAAUUUUGGAAAAGCAAGAAAAUGGAUUUAGUAGAAUAUUCCCCGAUUCUCCCCUUCUGGUCUGAUAAUUCCCUUCCCUUCAACGAGAAUGAUUCCCAAGAAAUGCUGCUGUUUGGGCUUCUGUCUGAAGCGAGCCAAGAAACCUCGGACUCCAACUCCGGCGACGGCCAAGAGCCGGAACCCGCGAAGGAGAAGGCGUACCGCGGCGUGAGGAAGCGGCCGUGGGGGAAGUUCGCGGCGGAGAUAAGGGAUUCCACGAGGAACGGCGAGCGGGUGUGGCUGGGGACCUUCGACACGGCGGAGGCGGCGGCGAUGGCCUACGAUCAGGCCGCCUUCUCCAUGCGCGGAGAGGCGGCGACCAUCAACUUCCCGGCCGAGAGGGUGAGGGAGUCUCUGCGGGAGCUGGGGUGUUGCAUUGAGGAGGCGGGGGGAUCGCCGGUGAUGGCCUUGAAGAGAAAGCACUCCAUGCGGCGGAGGUGCGGCGGCGGGAGCAGCAAGGGGAAGGUGUAGUAGUAUAUGAUGGUGUUUGAGGAUUGAACCAGUUUUUGAGUAGUUCUAGUAUUUCAUUCGUGAAUUAAUUAAUUAUAUCAUCUUUUUUUUUGACAAAAAAUUGUUUGAGCUUUUUUUUUUUACUAUAUAUUUAAAGAAAAAUGAAAGUUUUUGUAAGUAUAAAAUUAACAAUUAUGAAUGAAAGUAGUAUAUAAUUGUUAGGAAUAAAAAUGAACGUCUCUUCCUUUUUCCUGGUCUAUCCAAAAACUACCAAAAGUCUUUGAUUAAUUUCGUUUUCCCAUUUCUUCUCAUUAAUUUGGAGCUUAACUUGCCUUCUUUUUUUUUUUUUUUUUUUGGUAAUGUAGUAUAUAUAUGUUUGGAAAUCUUGUUUCUGCCCUAUUUGAAUUUUAUAUAUUGUAACUUUUGAUAAA